AAAAGGUUUGGUAUCAAGAAAGAGAGGGUCCCGUUUCGUGGUUCGCCAUCUUCAAAAGCAAAACAAAACGUAAUUUGUACCCUUUUCUGUUUCGUCUUUUCCUUCCGAACAACACCUUCACCAUCUUCAUCAUCAACAUAGUCACCACCACCAUUAACAUAACCCCAUAAAACUAUUAUUUUUCUUCAAAAAUAAAAAUAAAAGACUGUUCCAGAGAGAGAACUGAAAAACACUAGCAGAUCCAUUCAUCUUCUCCACCCCACCUUCAAAAACCUCUCCUUUCUCCAUUUUUUGUUAAUAAUCCUCAAAACCCUAGUCCUCGCGCAAUUCAUACGUUGUGAUCUACCUUUUUUUUUUUGUCUCUCUUAUGUCUGGGAUGUAUUCGUAUCUGGGUCUAUUCCUGUGCUUGCUUUCUGUGUGCUCCGUCGCAACCUCGUUUUCUUCACGGCGUGUGAUCCUUCGAGAGGUCAACGACAAUGGUGGUGAUCAUGCUGAUUACGCUGUUGAGCUGAAUGUUACCAAUUUCGAUGCUGUUCUGAAGGAUACCCCUGCUACUUACGCUAUCGUUGAGUUCUUUGCCCAUUGGUGCCCUGCUUGCAGGAAUUAUAAGCCUUACUAUGAAAAGGUCGCAAGGUUAUUUAAUGGCCCUGAUGCAGUGCAUCCAGGAAUCAUACUACUGACAAGGGUAGAUUGUGCAUUAAAGAUAAAUACUAAACUAUGUGAUAAGUUUUCUGUUGGUCAUUAUCCCAUGCUUUUCUGGGGACCUCCUACUAAGUUUGUUGGUGGUGGUUGGGAACCAAAACAAGAGAAAAGCAGUAUACGUGUGAUUGAUGAUGGACGCACUGCUGAUCGGUUGCUUAAUUGGAUCAACAAACAACUAGGCAGUACAUACGGCCUGGAUGAUCAGAAGUUUGAAAAUGAGCAUCUUCCAUCCAAUAUAUCAGACUCUGAACAGGUUGCAAGAGCUAUCUAUGAUGUGGAAGAGGCAACUUCUACAGCAUUUGACAUCAUUCUAGAGCACAAGAUGAUAAAACCAGGAACUCGGGCUUCAUUAAUAAAAUUUCUUCAGCUUCUGACAGCUCAUCAUCCUUCUAGGAGAUGCCGGAAGGGUACUUCAGAAUUACUUGUGAGCUUUGAUGACUUGUACCCAGCAGAUUUUGAAACACCUAAUAGGCUGGAUGAUGAUAAGGGUUCCGUUAAGAACAUAAAGAUAUGUGGAAAAGAUGUGCCUCGUGGAUACUGGAUGUUCUGCCGUGGCAGUAAGAAUGAGACCAGAGGUUUUAGUUGUGGUUUAUGGGUUCUUCUGCAUUCACUCUCUGUAAGGAUAGAGGAUGGAGAGAGUCAGUUUACAUUUAGUGCAACAUGUGAUUUUUGUUUCUAGUCCUUUCAACAAAGCCCGCGAUUAUGCUCUCUGGUUGUGGAGCACCCAUAAUAAGGUCAACGAAAGGUUGAUGAAAGAAGAAGCUUCUCUUGGCACUGGUGACCCGAAAUUCCCAAAGAAAAUUUGGCCUCCAAAGCAACUCUGCCCUUCCUGUUAUCUAGGCAUUGACCAGAAGAACAAUAAAAUCGAAUGGAACCAGGAUGAGGUCUUCAGGUUUUUGACUAAUUAUUACAGAAACACACUUACUGCUCUAUACAAGGACAAGAGCAUUGUUGGAAAUGAUGAGGCUGAGGUAGCCGUUGAAGAUCUGAUCGUCGCAAAUAACGCAAUCGUGGUGCCUCUGGGAGCUGCAUUGGCAAUAGCUUUCGCCAGCUGUGCUUUUGGCGCACUUGCUUGCUACUGGCGUUCGCGGCAAAAGAGUCGGAAGCCAAGGAGAACAUGGAAAUAGGUAUAGAAGACAUGUACACAGAAGAGAUUGGGUGCAUAUCAGCUCCUCCUGAGAGCCUUGACAAAGUGUCCAUUUUGAAUCCAUACUUGCUUGAUUGAUGUACAGAACACAAUUCUUGCUUUUUUAGAUCAUUAUUGAUCUAUGCUACCUUCUUUCACUUUCUUUUUGGGUUGAGCUCACAUCUUGUCUAAUUAAUUUGUGGAAGCUGGGAGAAAGUAGCAAAUGACUUGUAACAUUUUUGCUGUGUAAUUUUGAGUUAUUUUGUACUAUCAAAGUAACUAUAUAAGCUAUAAGCCAGAAUUGCAUCAUAUAUGAUUCACUUUUUAGCAAACAUUUGAAUGAAAUCACAGGAUCUCAUG